UGUCUUGUCUUCCAUGAGUCGAAAUUAUAGAUUUACAACACAAAGGGAAAAAAUUUAGAUUUAAUUUGUUAGCGCCUAGCCGAAUCGUCGAAUCCAAGCAUCAAAAUUUCACAAAUUUCUCUCUUCUAGGGUUUACAUCAAUCCAAUUUCACACAUAAAACCACUCUAAAUGUAUGUAUGUAAAGUCUCUGUGAACGUAUUAUAAUUUACUUGCGGGAUUGUCGAUGGAGGAAGGAAGCGGGGGAGGUGUUGGUGGUGCGGCAUCAUCAUCUUCUUCGACAUUAUUAUGUGGCGGUGGGCGGCAGAGGUUUGAGGUGGAGCUGAGGCCUGGAGAGACGACAAUUGUGUCGUGGAAGAAGCUUGUCAAGGACGCCAAUAAGGCUGCCAAGAAUAAUAUCGAGAACAAAUCGCCUACUGUAUCUGCUCCUCCUGUUCCUCUUCCCGUUGCUGUUAACCCUGCUCUCGAUUCUCGCAUUGCUCCACCUUCUGGAGAUGCUGCUGAAAAUGAAGCCAAUGAUGGACCAACUGGUAGUCGUUUUAGUGCUGUCAUUGAGAAGAUUGAACGCUUAUAUAUGGGUAAGAACAGCAGCGAUGAGGAAGAUCUCAAUGAUGUUCCUGAUGAUGAUGAGUAUGACACAGAAGAUUCAUUCAUAGAUGACACUGAACUGGAUGAAUAUUUUCAGGUUGAUAAUUCAGCAAUAAAGCAUGAUGGAUUCUUUGUCAAUCGUGGGAAGUUAGAGCGCACAAACGAGCCUGCAGUGUUGCCAACUGAGCAACCGAAAAAGAGGAGAAUAAAGGAUUCAACAAAAGGUGAUAGUGGAAGCAAUGAUGGGAAUGCACCAAAUAAACAUAUGAAAGUUAAUAAGAAGGAAUCUAGGAAGAGUCCAAUAAUAGCACUUGGAACUGUUGUAAAGAAACCUGCUGACCCUAAAAGUAUAAUGGACCCUUCUCCAAUAAAGAUUAUGGAUGGUGAAGCUAAAGUAAAGAAUAAAGCUGGAGUUCUCCAAUCCAAAAAAGUUGCUACCAAAUUGAAAGAUGGAAGUCCCUCUUCUGCAAUUUCGAGUCAGAGGGUCAAUGAGAAGGGUGCUGGUGUGCAGUUGAAAUCUCAUGGACAAUUGGUUAACAACUUAGAAGAGGUGAAUCAAACGGUUUUGCCAAGAGAGAAAAGUGUAACUCAUCAACAGGUAGACAUGAAGGCUUCUGAGAUUCCCCAACAACCGAAGAAUACACACACGGUGAGAAAGGAAGGUUCAAGCAUGAAACCUAAAAGUACAAAUCUGAUGCUUGAAAAAGCCAUCAGGGAUUUGGAGAAGAUAGUUGCAGAAACAAGGCCACCAAGUAUGGAGGUUCCGGAAGCUGACAACUCAGCUCAGGCCGUCAAAAGAAGAAUGCCUCCUGAAAUUAAGCAAAAGCUUGCUAAAGUUGCCAGGCUGGCGCAUGCGAUUCAUGGAAAACUAUCAAAGGAGCUACUUAAUCGUUUGAUGAGCAUCCUUGGUCAUCUGAUACAAAUUAGAUCAUUGAAGAGAAAUCUUCAUAACAUGGUCACCAUGGGAUUAUCUGCUACAGAAGAGAAAGACGCGAGGGUACAACAGUUAAAGAAGGAAAUAGAUUACAUGGUUAAGGCACGUGUCUCAAUGAUGAAGCCUGAGGUUAUUGAGCAGCAAACAGGAUCAUCUGAUGAUUUUCAAGAAACAAGCAGUAAAGAAAAAGUUGUUAAAAGCAGAUAUGUUCCAGAUGAUGCUUUAGAGGACAAGAUUUGCGAGCUUUAUGAUCUUUUUGUUGAUGGGCUUGAGGUGGAGGAUGCAACUCCCCUAGUUAGGAAGCUUUAUGUAGAGCUUGCAGAAUUUUGGCCAAAAGGCUGUAUGGAUAACCAUGGGGUCAAGAAAGCAAUUGUUAGGGCAAAAGAUAGGAGAAAAGCACUACACAGGCAGAAGGAGCAGGAGAAGAUGAAGAGGAAAAAAUUACUUGUGUCAAAAUCUGACACCAUUUCUGGUGAAGCCCAACAUGCUCCAGAUAAGGUAGCCACCGACUCGGCUGCACCCAUCCGGUCAAUAACCACCACAAAGCCGCCCAAUUCUUCCAACAUUCCCGCCACAGACCGCCCAAAACACGACAAGUUAAAGGCCAAUUCCAGCAAUCAAACCGCCUCCACAACGCCAUCGGAAUUGGCGAAAAAGAAGGCAAAAAAGAAGGCCGAGACUGAGACCGAGUUGGAUGCUCAAACUCAACAUGAGAGGAAGUCGUAUAAGCAAGUGACUCCGGAAUCUGUGACUCCUGCUCCGGAAUCAGUCAUUCCUGCACAACCUACAGUGAAUAAGCCAAGCUGAUAUGGCUUAACUAAAGGUUACUGACUUAAAUGGAAGUUGAUAGUUGUAGGAUGUUGUUGGGUUACUUAAAUAGACAACCUUUUUUUUGUUUGUUUGUUUUUGUUUUGGGCAACAUAGAUUUCAAGCAAGUUAUAUGAGAGUUUUUGUUGUGCAAAUGCAAACCAUGUAGCCCUCCUUUGCGUUUUUGGAUUUUAAUGUGUAAGUAGGU